AACUUGCGGCAUUGUUGGGUUGUGUUCGUUGAAUGUGACAAGAGUCGAGUCGCGGCGGGUGUUGAGUACCUACAUAUUAUAUAUACUAUAGAUAUAGAUUUGUGUGAUCGUUGCAAUGGAACUGCGUCGCUUUGUUUUGCUUGGCAUUUUGCUGUUGUUUGUGAGCGCUGUGGCGGCUAGAUCGCGCGGACGGCCAAACAUUUGCCUGCAGCCGCCGCCAAGGUCGGAAGGUGUUUGCACUAUCGAAAUCGAAGGUUUCUACUUUGACUCGCGCACCAACGACUGUCAAAUGUAUGUGCUGGGCGGCUGUCACACCAUACCGGGGCAGAGUUUCGGCUCGCGACAGGAUUGCAUAGACACUUGUGUGCAUAUGACAAGGCGUCUACAGGAUUUGCGCUACAAUGAGUGAGCCAAGCGGCGCGCGAGAUGUGAGAGAUGAGCCAAAGGAAAGCGAUUAAAGAUGCCUUAUAAGUGUAUUACAUAAGAUAUGUGAAUUUAUAAAAUAUGUUUAUGCGUGGAAAAUAUUAAGAGAAAUCAAUGAAAUCAGAUAAAUCAGA